AUGAAUUUAUUUAAGCAGGAACUUAAUUUUCUUUUCUCAUUGCAGAAUCAAAAUUACAAGGGCUAUGGAUUAUCAAAGGGAAAAGAGCGAGAGCAGAGAGCAUCCAUCCGGUUCAAGACCACCCUUCUGACCACUCUCACAGACGUCCUUCGCCACAGGCCAGGAUGGGUGGAAGUGAAGGACGAAGGGGAGUGGGAUUUCUACUGGUGCGACGUGAGCUGGCUCCGGGAGAACUUCGACCACACCUACAUGGAUGAGCACGUGCGAAUCAGCCACUUCCGAAACCACUACGAGCUAACCCGCAAGAACUACAUGGUGAAGAACCUGAAGCGGUUCCGGAAACAACUGGAGCGUGAGGCGGGAAAGCUGGAGGCAGCCAAGUGUGACUUCUUUCCCAAAACCUUUGAGAUGCCAUGUGAAUACCACCUGUUUGUGGAGGAGUUCCGCAAAAACCCAGGCAUCACCUGGAUCAUGAAGCCUGUGGCCCGCUCUCAGGGGAAGGGCAUCUUCCUCUUCCGGAGGCUGAAGGACAUCAUGGACUGGAGGAAGGGCACUUCUGGGAAGAAGCUUGCCAGCCUGGAGGCCCAGCCUGCCCGAAGCACUGUCAAUCCCUCUGGCAGCCACGACACAAGAGGCUCCGAUGAGCAGAAGGAUGAGAUUCCUGUGGAGAACUAUGUCGCUCAGCGUUAUAUUGAAAAUCCCUACCUGAUAGGAGGCCGAAAGUUUGACCUGCGCGUCUAUGUGCUGGUGAUGUCGUACCUCCCACUGAGGGCCUGGCUCUACCGGGAUGGCUUUGCUCGAUUCUCCAACACCCGCUUCACACUGAGCAGCAUCGACGACCAAUAUGUUCACCUCACCAAUGUUGCUGUGCAAAAGACAUCUCCCGACUACCAUCCAGAGAAGGGCUGCAAAUGGAUGCUCCAGCGCUUCCGGCAGUAUCUAGCGUCCAAGCACGGGCCCGAGGCAGUGGAAACACUCUUCAGCGACAUGGACAACAUCUUUGUCAAGAGCCUGCAGAGCGUGCAGAAGGUGAUCAUCAGCGACAAGCACUGCUUCGAGCUGUACGGUUACGACAUCCUCAUCGACCGGAACCUCAAGCCGUGGCUCCUGGAGGUCAACGCAUCUCCAUCGCUGACAGCCAGCAGCCAGGAGGAUUAUGAGCUUAAGACUUGCCUUCUGGAAGACACCCUACAUGUUGUGGACAUGGAGGCCAGGCUUACAGGAAGGGAGAAGCGAGUCGGUGGCUUUGACCUCAUGUGGAAUGAUGGCCCUGUCAGCAGAGAGGAGGGGACUCCUGACCUGUCAGGAAUGGGGAACUUUGUGACCAACACACACCUUGGUUGCAUCAAUGAUCGGAAGAAUCAGCUGAGGCAGCUGUUCCACUCCCUUCAAGGCCAGAAGAAAGCUUCUAGCUAA